AUGUCGCAUUUCUUUCAGAAGCCCGAGAAUGCGCUCAAGCGCGCAAACGAGCUCCUGAACACGCCCAACGCGGAUGCAGGGGUUGUCAAGCGCCAGAAACGUAACGCGUUGGAGAUCUUGCAUGAAGCGUUGAUCGCCAAGAAGAACCGCACGUGGCAACCCACGCACGAAGAGUUGAUGCUCACGUAUUUGAACAUCACGAUCGACCUCCAGCUCGGACGCAUUGCCAAGGACGGGUUGCACCAGUACCGAAACCUUGUGUUGGCGCAAAACCCUGCCUCGUUGGAGAAGGUGCUUCUGUUCUUUGUGAACGAAUCCGAGAAGCGUGUCGCUGAAGCGCGCAAGCACUCGACCGAGAUCUCGAUCUUGGCGUCGGUCGAUUUGGAGUCGUCCCAAUCCCCCGAAGCUGUCAUGAUGAGUACCACAACGUCCGAAGACUCGGCAGAUCGCACGGACCGCGCCGUAGUGUUGCCUUGGUUGCGUUUCAUGUGGGAGACCUACCGCACUGUGCUCGAUAUUCUCCGCUGCAACACCAAAUUGGAAGGGUUAUACAAGCAAGUCGCACUCAGUGCGUUCACGUUCUGCCGCACGUACGCCCGCAAGAUCGAGUUUCGUCGACUGUGCGAAAUCUUGCGCACCCAUCUCUACACAAUGCAGCGCCACGAAGCCGCGCCGACCACCCAAAGCGUCCGCCAGAUGCGUGGGUGGGAGGGCUGGAGCGCCGAGUCAGUGGAACUACACCUGACCAUCCGCUUCGAUCAACUCGACGCCGCCACGCACUUGGAGUUGUACACGGAAAGCUUUCGCACCAUCGACGACAUUCAUGCGAUCAUGCAAUUCUGGGCGACCCCGCCAAAGCCGUCCAUCAUGGCGACGUACUACAAAAAUUUGGCGCACAUCUUUUACGUGUCCAAGAAUCACUUGCUUCACGCGUUUGCCUAUUUCAAGUAUUACACGUUGCAGCAGCGCGAAGGGGCGGUGCUCCCUGCGGACGAACAACGCGUCCUCGCGUCAUCGGUCGUGUUGGCAUCGUUGUCGAUCCCCAUCCGCAACCACCACAGCAUCUUGUUGGAAAACGCCGAGACCGCCGCCGGAUUGCUGGAAGAAAAGGACGAACACAUGGCCGCGUUGCUCGGAUUUACGUCCCUCCAACCCCCCACUCGUCGCCAAUUGCUCGACGACAUGCAGUCAUUGCACAUUGUCGACACGGCGCUGCCCGAAGUUGCUGCCUUGUACAACCACCUGGAUCGCACAACGAUCGACCCGUUGCUCAUAGUGUCGCAGAUCCAGCCGUCGUUGGCGGCGUUGGCCACCAACGCGACAUUGAGCGUGUAUGUGCCGUUCCUCGAAGAACUAACGAUUCACCUCGUGUUGGAACAACUCACGCACGUGUACUCGUCCGUGACCCUGGCGCAUUUCCACAACAUGACCAAAGGCCUUACCGCGACGCCGCGCGACAUCGAGCAGCUUAUUGUCCGUAGCCGCAAGGACGCGUCGGCGUCGAUCCGUGUACGCAUCGACCACGCAAGCAGCUGCAUGCGAUUCUCGCCCGUCUUGGCGUUUGAGAGCCAGGCCAAGCACUUGACGCACCUCGGCCAGAAGCUGCAAGCCGUCAUGAACAAGGUGGUCCCCGUUGGGCCGUCGACCGAGUUAGUCGCGCGCACGAAGAAGGGAUUGCCGUCGACACGAUCGGCAAUGUUGCAACGCCGCGUCCGCAUCGAGCAGCAAAAGGAAGCGUAUGAGCAGCUACAGCAAGAACGCGCCAAGGCCGACGCCCGCAAGAAGGCAGAAGCUGAAGCUCUCCGCGCCAAGCAAGAAGCCGAGCGCCUGGAAGCGGAAGCCAAGAAGCGCGAGCUUGAAAAGAUCCAAAAGAUCAAGGAAGACAUUGCCCGAAAGGACGCCAAGAGCAUCCUGGCCAAGCUGGGCAAGGACACGUCCGACGUCGACUUCGACACGAUGGACCGUAACAAGCUGUUGCAAGAGGCGAAGGAGAAGGCUGUCAAGGCAAAGGAAGAAGCACAGCGUAAGCUCAAGGACGCUGCGCGCAACCUCGACCACAUUGUCCGCGCGACGCGUGAAGCCGAGUUUCCCAUCUUGCAGGAGCAGUUUAAAGCCAAGCAGGCCGAAGAGAAGCGAUUGUUUGAAGAAAACUGGGCUGCGACCCUCGUCCAAGCCGAACAAGACCACGCGUUUGGCCUGGCACAGAAGACUCUGUUUGUUCAGUGUCAGCCCUUGUCUGCUGCGUUCCGCGCGGCCCACGAAGACCGCCAACGCGCCAAGAUUCAAGCGCAGCUGGCGCAAGAAGCGCUUCGUCGCCAAGUCAACUUGCUCGAAGAAAAGGUCGACCGCGCGUUGGCCCGCAAGGCCGAUCACGACGAGGAAGUUCGUCGCGCCGAAGAAGCCGAGCUCAAGCGCAUCGAAUCUGAGGCUCGCGCCGAACGCUUGCGCGCCGAAAUUGCCGCUCGCGAAGCCGAGGAAGAACAACGCCGCCAAGAAGAAGAAGCGGAGGCCGAGCGCAUUCGCCAGGAAGAAGCCAACAAACCCAAGAAAUACUUGCCCCCAUCGGCCCGUGGCAGCACCCAACCGUCCGAAGGUGGCCCAGACGAUGCGAACUGGUCUACGGUGCCCCGUGGCGGACGCCGCUUGGACGACGUGUUCAAGGGACGCGACGGUAGUGGCUUUGGCUCCCGUGGCAGUGGCAUCCGGUCGUUCCGCGGCGAAGACGAUCGCGAUGGAUCGAGCCCCGUGAUUUCGGACGCGACGGCCCCACCCGAGAAGGCUUUAGCCGCGACUUCGGCCGUGAUGGCCCUAGCCGCGACUUCGGCCGUGAUGGCCCUAGCCGUGACUAUGGCCGCGAUGGACCUAGCCGCGACUUCGGCCGCGAUGGACCUAGCCGCGACUUCGGCCGUGAUGGCCCUAGCCCCGCGACUUCGGCCGUGA